GUGCCAAAUGCCAAUUACAACAGUUAUGUUGUAUAUCAAUUAUAAUCAUAUCUUUCUCUCUUGUGGUUUAUAGAUAAGGACUUUUUCCCCCUUCUAAUUCUAUAGAGCUAAAAUACAGCUACUCACUUUCCCAUUAGUCUAAACUCAUAUUCUCUCCUUCUACUCGUCAAAUUUCCUGUCCUGGUUUCGACGAUAUGGAUGCAGGCUCCUCUUCCUCCUCCAUCACCGCUGUCCGUCUUGGCAGCCGAGCAAUAGACAGGUAUAACCCCAUAAUACGAGACUCAUCUAGACUCAAGAAACCGAGUGAAAACACCGACAUUCCCUCUUCUAAUGAACAACCAGGACGCGAAAGGGACUCGGAUAUCUUUGCCUUGCCCCUGCCAGCACGUGCAAAGAAUAGCGCUACUCGCAAGAAGCACCACAUUUUCUCUAAAUCUAAAGAAAACAAUCCUGAGAUUUUUACUGGCUGUGUAUCAUUCUCUACAAAGCUAAGCAGCACAGAUGACAAGAGAAAGAAUGUUGCUGCCACCAAGACAAGUGAGAUUGUGGAAGAUACUUGUAAGAAGAACAUCAACAACCGCGUGAUAAAGAAAAAGAGCUCAUGGAGCUGUACUAAUCCUGGUGAAUUUUUUAGCCCUCCUGGUUCUUCUAGGUACUUGCUCACAUCAACUUAUCAAAAAUCUAGUGUUAAUUUACCCGAUUUCGAUCCACUUCUUCCCCCGCCUUCUCCGUUCUUGCUUCCCACCAGCUGUACACCCAAACAUAAUGAUGAACUUUCAGCAGCUUCACCUCCAACUCCCCCUUCUAACCCGGUAGUUGUGGUCUUAAGAGUGUCCCUCCACUGCAGAGGAUGUGAGAAAAAGAUGAGGAAACAUCUCUCCAGAAUGGAAGGGGUGACAUCAUUCGACAUAGACUUUGCGGCAAAGAAGUUAACAGUGGUAGGAAAUGUGACGCCGUUAGCGGUGCUGGCUAGUGUGUCCAAGGUGAAGAAUGCACAACUUUUGACACUUCCACCGUCUUCUGCUCCUACAGCAACUACUUGCUCCGAAACUAAGGGAAAUGUAGGCGUUGUAUGAAUAUCAGGAUUAGAGAACAGUUUCAAUUAUACCAAGAAUUAUUGGCAUGCUUGAGUUUUCGGUAGUAAGUUUGGACGGUAACUAGAGAACUGCCAAUAACAACAUUUUUACCUUUCCUGAA